CUCUAAACUGCUCUAAACCUUUACAUAGUCGUCACCCAUUUUGUAUGUAUACAUAUGUAUAUUUGUCAAAUGCUAUAGUGUUAUACCAAUUUGUUUUAAUUAGGAUAAAAAAAAAAAAAUUAUUUGAAAAAAAAUUGAGUAUUAAAAUAUGUGAUAUUCUUGUAACUAACUAUUGAUUUAAUUGUGAAUUUGGAAAUCGUCACUUAGUUAGGAAAAUAAAUAAAGUUUGAUAACAAUGACGCAGUUUUUGCCACCAAAUUUGCUGGCAUUAUUUGCUCCAAGAGAUCCAAUACCUUAUCUACCACCCGUAAGCAAACUACCCCAUGAGAAAAAGAAUGGUGGUUAUAUUGGAGUUGGAAAUUUUUUGAAAUAUUUUGAGAAUCCAAAAGACACUCCUCCACCAGUGCGUGUUGAAACCCGUGAAGAGCGACUUGAACGUCGUCGUCGUGAACGUGCCGAACAAGUUGCAUACAAACUUGAACAGGAAAUCGCUGUAUGGGAUCCAGCUGGUAUACCAAAUGUCACUGCGGAUCCAUUUAAAACCCUAUUUGUAGCACGAAUUAAUUAUGACACAUCAGAAUCAAAACUUAGAAGAGAAUUUGAAGUCUAUGGUCCUGUGAAAAAGAUUGUCGUGAGUCAUAACACAAUCAAUGGUAAACCAAGGGGGUACGCGUUCAUUGAGUAUGAACACGAAAGGGACAUGCAUUCUGCAUAUAAGCAUGCCGAUGGUAAGAAAAUAGAUGGUCGCCGAGUAUUGGUGGAUGUGGAACGUGCAAGAACAGUUAAAGGAUGGCUGCCACGUAGGCUUGGUGGCGGACUUGGUGGUACUCGACGAGGUGGUCCAGACGUUAAUAUUAAACAUUCUGGAAGAGAAGAUAACGAACGUGAACGCGAAAGAUAUCGAUUAGAGCGCGAACGUGAAGCAUCAGGACGUGGAUCAGAAAGAGAUAGGGAGCGUGAUCGUGGUGAUAGAGAACGCAGAAGAUCACGUGAUAGAAAACGAAGAUCGCGUACUAGAUCUCGCGAUCGUAAACGUCGACGUAGUCGUGAACGUGUUGUUGAUCCAGAAAUUGAAGAAAUACAAAGAGAAGAACGUAGUCGAGACAGACGUGAUCGUGAUAGGAAUGACCGUAAUGAAAGAGACAGAGAUCGUAAACGUAGACGUUCGAGGUCAAAUGAACGUAAUGAUCGUGAUCGUUCUGAGCGUAAACGUGAUAAACGGGAUCGCGAACGUGAUCGUAGAGAUCGAAAGGAACGUAGUGAACGAGUCAUUGAUGAAGAUACUAAAGAAAUUCGUAUUAAAGAAGAGCCCAUGGAUGAUUAUCCUGAGUAUGCCAAUGAUUAUUUAGCGACAUCGCCGUCUUUAGCUCAAGUGAAAUAUGAGGAUGAAGUUGAAGAAAAAUACAGAAUUCCUGAAGGACGUUUCGAGCAUUCUUACAAUUACGAUUCCGCUCAAGAUUAUCAGUCAAAUAAUAUGGAUUAAAUUUAAAAAAAACUUUGAUGAUUAUUAAACUGAAUAUUCUAUACCUAAUAACACCGGUAUAUAACAAAAAAACCAAAACGGUUAACAGCUGCAUUUUAAUUUGCUGUAUUAUCUGGACAACAAACGUGUAAUACUUAUGUAAUAAUGAAUUUUCAUUUUACUCGAUAAAUAAUUUCCUGUUGUAAUUUUCUUUUUUUUUUUUUUUUUAUUCACUAAUCAUUUAAAUUAUAGCGAAAUAAGUUGUCCUUCAAUCAGAAAUCAAAGUUUUUUUCCGGGUCGGUAAGAAAUUGAUAGAAAAAAAAUGAAAUCUCGUGAAAUUAAUCAAUUAAAUUUCAACCUGUAUAUAAGUAAGUUUGAAACUAUUUUGAUUUCAAAAAAAUAUUGUACAUGCAUGCAGAAAUAAAGGUGAUCUCUUCACAGGUAUAAAUUAA